AAGAACUCUCUUGGAUAACACAAAAGGGUCAUUAUCAAAAACUAUAUAUACCAUAGACAUCUCCUAAUUGAAGCAAGAUCACAGUUUCUUAUUGUAUAUUAAUCAUUCAGGUUCUGAGAUAUAUGGGGAGUGAAGGAAAGAUUGUGUUUACAGAAGAGCAAGAGGCUCUUGUGGUGAAGUCAUGGAGUGUCAUGAAGAAAAAUUCAGCUGAAUUGGGUCUCAAACUCUUCCUCAAGAUCUUUGAGAUUGCACCAACAACGAAGAAGAUGUUCUCGUUUCUGAGAGACUCACCAAUUCCUGCUGAGCAAAACCCAAAGCUCAAGCCUCAUGCCAUGUCUGUUUUCGUCAUGUGUUGUGAAUCAGCAGCACAACUGAGAAAAACAGGGGAAGUUACAGUGAAGGAGACAACUUUGAAGAGACUUGGGGCCAGUCAUUCUAAAUACGGCGUCGUUGCUGAACACUUUGAGGUGGCUAAGUAUGCAUUGUUGGAGACGAUAAAGGAGGCGGUGCCGGAGAUGUGGUCACCGGAGAUGAAAGCUGCUUGGGGUCAAGCUUAUGAUCACCUUGUUGCCGCCAUUAAAGCUGAAAUGAAGCCUUCUCCUUAACUUUAUGAUCACUUAAAACUCUGUUUCUUACCAUUUUCCUGCUAAAGAUGUGACUUUUCUUUUUUUUCCAUUUAUAUCAUACUGUUGCUUU